AUGGGUAAACCACCGGAAGGUGGAGGUUUGCUGGUAGCGAGCUUCCUGGUUUUGUAUUCCGUCAGCUCGACUGCCCAGAUUAAUCCUGAGUACGGGUGUCCUCCACAGGAGAAAAUCCUUCCAUGCAGGUGCUCCACGCGAGACAUGGAGUAUCAGAUAUGGUGCAGUCACAGCGAAUUACCAAAAGUCCUGGAAGGGAUGAAAGCUGUAAGUCACUACGUGUCCCGACCAAUAGACGAAUUAAUCUUGGAGAACAACAAUCUCCCAAGUUUGCCGGGUCAGGUGUUUGCAAGUCUCAGAGUUUUGAGAUUAAUGUUGAGGAACAAUCGCCUCGAAAGAGUUUCUUCAGGUUGGCUAGAAGGUCUCCACGACUCUCUCCUGGAACUCUUUGUCGUCGAACCAGAACUAAGAUCCCUGCCAGAUGACAGUCUCGAAAAUCUCCAAGGCCUUGAGGCCAUAACUCUACAGAGUAAGGUCAUAAAGAGACUCCCCAGUUUCACAGGUCUUCCAAAACUUCGUUACCUCCAGGUGAAUUCUCCAGGACUUCUAGAACUCGCUCCACGAAAUUUUCGAGAUCUUCCAAGUUUGGAACAAAUUCACGUCUUUGGAAGUCCAAAACUAUCAAGAUUAGAAGCUGGACUCUUCAGGAAUUUGCCGAGACUGACCUUAGUCAACGUCACUGACUGUAACCUUCACUGGAUACAUCCUAGAGCUUUAAUAGGAUUACCAGAGUUGAAGGAAAUUUCCCUAGUUGGAAAUUCCAUCAUCGAUGCCGGAAUGGUUGGUCGAGCUGUGAUGGAUCUUUCAGCUUUAUCAGUUUUGCAAUUGGAUCAAAAUCGAAUAGGUAGAUUGGGAGAAGCUUCGUUCGUAGAUCUUCCUACCCUGACGAGGAUUUCCCUUUCCAAAAACAGGGUCACUGAAAUAUUCCCUGGGGCGUUUCAGAGAGUUCCUCUCUUGAGGAUUAUGGACAUUAGCCACAAUAUGGUACAUAGAAUCCAUCCUGAAUUUUUCCCUCAUAGAAGUGGAGGUGGUAUUGAAGAACUGUGGUUGAUUAAUAAUGAUCUGAGUCACAUUUCGGAACUACGUUCGGUUUUGGAAGCUUUGCCAAGACUAAAGUUUUUGGAUAUGAGUUAUAACCAGCUUGAGGAAAUCCCCUUUGGGGCACUGAGAGGGCAUUCUAUGAUUGAGCGAUUGCACCUGGAUCAUAACAGGUUGAGAUUUUUGCAGAGGGAAUCCUUCAGUGGAAUGCCAGCUUUGAGGGAAUUGAGGCUGAGGAAUAAUUCUUUGACUAAUUUACUCGAGGCUCCUUUCUGGAAUCUUCCAGCCUUAAAGGGACUAGACCUGGCAGGAAACUACUUCCGUUACAUGGAACCAAGAUUGUUAGCUAAUCUUCCAAAUCUAAGACGUUUGGACGUCAGCCAAAACGCCAUAGGUCUAAUCGAACCACAAACUUUUUUGGGAACUCCAGCUCUGGAACACAUCAACAUGUCCGGAAAUGCCUUAUCAGUCAUUCAUCCCAUGACUUUUAGACACCUCACAAAUCUUUAUGAACUUGACAUCGGUUGGAACCGAUUACUCGAGGUGGUACCAGGUCUGCCAAGAAAUAUCGAACACCUUCACCUCCCCAUGAACAGGAUGGUGGCCCUGCCAGGGAUUUCCUCCCAAGAUUUGGCUCUUCCACUUCUAAGAUCACUGGACAUCAGUGCAAAUGGUAUCGAAAGAGUAUCACCUGGUACAUUAAGUGGUCUGGCAAGUUUGAGGAAAUUGAGCAUGGGAUAUAAUGCUCUUCGAGUUUUGGAAGAUGGAACCUUUGAUGGGCUUUCUAGGCUAGAACAAUUGGAUCUGAAGUAUAAUCGUCUUCAGACGAUUCAUGGUCGAAGUUUCAGACCUCUAGGUGUCCUAAUGGACUUAAAUAUUAGGGGGAAUCGACUGGAAGUGAUCAGGUCUGAUAUAUUCCAGGAAAAUAGAAGAUUGCAGAAAUUGGACAUCAGCAGGAAUAAUUUGGCUCAGAUUCCUCAUGCUACAUUUUCUAAUACGAGAGAACUUCGUGAAUUGUAUGCGUCACACAAUACUCUGACCGAGUUACCCGGAUCGCUGCACGAUCUAACGGCUCUUCAGGUCCUCGACUUGAGUUUCAACAAGCUGAACAUCCUAUCACCGGACACGCUUAGCAGUUUGACAUCCCUUCUAGAACUCAAAUUAGUCAGAAAUCGAAUAAGAGAAUUGAGGGAAGGUGCAUUUGAUAGACUUCCACGACUGACCUUGAUCGACCUUGAAAACAACGACCUCAGGGUGAUUGAGAGGAAUUCAAUCAGAGCUUUGCCUGAACUUCAAGCUCUGAGACUUGGGAAGAACCAUAUUAAGAUGAUUCCAAGUGGAGCUUUCUCCGAACUGCCCCUUCUGCAAAGUGCAGAAAUACAGGAAAAUCAGAUUGAAGAAAUAGCUAGCAACGCUUUCAUCAACGUGCCUCAUCUGCUUUUCCUAAAUCUGAGCAAUAAUCUUUUGCCAGGUUUGGAUCAAAUGGGUCUGGACAGUUUGAGGUCCUUGGAAGUUCUGGAUUUGAGUAGCAAUCGAAUAUCAAAAGUUUCGAGUGAGAGUUUGGCGGCUAUGGAAUGGCUAGUAGAGUUGAAGAUGGACAACAAUCGUAUCUGUGCGAUUCAAGGCUCUCCCUUCGAUGAUAUGCCGAGGCUUCGAGUUCUCAGCUUGCGAAAUAACCGGAUGGCUUCGGUUUCCGAAGGAGCAUUCAAGAGGCUCAGAUCUAAUAUCGCCGUUCUCGAUAUCGACGGAAAUCCAUUGUCAUGUUCCUGCGGAAUGCUUUGGUUACGAGGGUGGUUGCAACAAGCUUCUGCAGAAGGACCAAGAUGUGCUGAUGGAUCAUUGUUUAAAGAAAUUAGAUUAUCUCGUCAGGAUUGUCAACGAGAAAGACACCAAGAUCCUAUUCAUCCCGGCUGCGAGGCUGAAAUGAUUGAAGAUUCGCCAUUAUCUGUAACAUCUUCUUUGUACGGGCAACCUGAGAAGCCCUGGAUGAACAUAAAACACCAAAAUGGUCCAGCAAACUCUGCUGAUCUGGAUUACUACUACAACGACUACGUGGACUACGGUCCCCAAAAUUCGACCAAUCUUCUCCCAACUGCUUAUCCUCCCACCCUCUCACCAAUCGUCGUACCACCAUCCCCCCCUCCAGAAAUAAUCCAAACAACUCCUCCUCCCAAAUUGUCGAAUUUGAAGAACAACACGAUUCCCCAAAAGAAAACCCCUUCAAUUCCACCCUCGCCAAGUAGUUCAGGCUUCACAUUCUUCGGCGUUCCUUUACCAAGUUUGAACUUCAACCUCUGGGGCAAUUCCGGAAGGAAAGCUGACAGAAAAGAUGAUUCAGGACGACCUGGAAGAGGUCGUUACCGAACUUUUCCACCUACAGAACCGGAAAUUCACAGAGGAGGAUUUGUACCAAUUCCCCAAGGAGAGGGAGGUUUUGUUCCCAUAGUCGAUCCACGGAUUGUCAGUGAAAAAAGAGAAAAAAAUAUUACCACCCUGACUUUGAAGACUCCUAAGAAUCGGGAAAAUACGACGAUUGUUAGAUCUCGUGAAGAAAUAAAGCGAGUCAAACACACGAAUUUUACGGUAGAAAAGAUCGAGAGGACCUCUCUGAAUAAACGACCAGAUAGAGAAGAAUUGUCUACAGCUUCGACUGUGAGGAAUGAGCCAACAUUUUUGCCAACCCCUGCGAAUUUUCAGAAGACUUCUGGUACUUUUUUGAAACCGGCUGUGAUUGUGGUGGAGGAGCCUAAUCAGGAGGCUGAUGAAAUUUCAGUUUCGACGGAUAUUUAUGAUGGGGAGAGUUCGGAGAUGGAAGAUUUUAAAAGUGAUCAUCAAAGUGAAGUUGCGAGUAGAAUUAUUUGGACUACAAUAAAACCGUCUUUGGAAACGGUUCAGAAUGAUAUGAAGGAAAGGGUAACGGCGACGAUGGAGGUCCAUGCCUUGAAUAAAAAAAAAACUUCUGGGCCAAAGGUGGACAGGAAAGACACGCCGAUUGUGGAGACUACUACUAUUUCUUCUCAAAAAAUCAUUCUUGAAAGAGAGGAAGCAGGAACAACCGAUUUCCCAACACCGCAGUUCUUAUCAUCGAUAACGAUUCGAGGUGGUGAAAAAUUUAAUUCAACAACUCACGUGCCUCGAAAUAUGGAAGCUUCUGCCCUCUCGGCACUUUUAGUUCCAGGAGGUCAACUUCCAGUCACUCCCGAAACUAAUUUCAGACCUUUAGGACGACCAACGAUAACCAAAGUAAUUUCGCCAUACUUGAACAAUUCGUCCGAAAUCGGGAAAAACGAGACCAAAAAAAUAACAUCCGAAAGUUUGCAUUCAAAACCAGAAGAUUCUGUUGCUGUCUUGGAUGAAAGCGAUAAAUUUAUCGAAGAUAAUGCCUUUAAUUGGUAUUUCCAACACUAUAAUGACACGCAUUUAGAUCCGUUUUUAGGUGUCGUAUAUUCCGGGGUUGGCCACUUAAUAAUUAAUUCGUGGACAUUCCUUGGAAUGCAAAUGAUUAUAAUUAAAACAAUACUCUGAUUAAUAAUUCUUCGAAAGAAAACUUAAUCGAAAGUUUAAAUGGAAAAUUGUGCACUUAUAGAUAAUUUGUACAAAGUAGUGAGGCUAAAUAUUUUUUCACAGUUGAAUAAUUAGACUUUUUUUUUAAUCAAGUGUAAACCAGGGUAGCCCUUUUAAUCAAAAAAAUCUACCGGCCAUUUCAAGGUUCGCAAAAUUUUUUCACGGUCAAUGGAAUUAAAAAAUUAAAGAAUUUUUAAAUUUUUAAAUUAAAGUUUAAAAAUAGUUUAAUUCAAAUUUUUUUAUUCAAACUUUCAAUAAUCUACAGGUAUAAAAUAGAAGCAAUUAAAUUCGACGAUCAG